ACAAGUAGUCGUAAGACAAGAGCGCUGAAUUUAUCUACGUUCGCUUAUGUGCUGUAAACGUAUUCCAAAGUUCCGGACGAGCGAAACGAAGAUGUAUUUAUGUGAUGAUAUAUGGCGGUGCGGAUGACUCAAUGAAGUGUGGAAUGGCAAAAAUCGAACCGCUGGAUGCGAAUCACUUUCGGUUUAGCUUUCGGCGUGCCAGCAUCGCUCCAUCGCCAUGGUUGUUGUUAUGCACGUGAACCCGCCCAGGCUGAAUGGCUGGACCCCGCUCCUGCUGCUCAUCUGCCUGACCGUAACGCUGGGCACCACGAUUCCCGUCGGCUACUUCUUCGGGGUCCUCAACGCCCCGGCCGAGAUCAUCAGGAAGUGGUGCCAGGACAUCCUGGCGACCGAGUACGACACCAUCGUCACUGCCGGCCAGCUGGACAUCCUCUGGACGAGCAUUGUGUCCAUCUACCUGAUCGGAGGCAUCUGCGGGUCCUGCUUCAGCGCAUUAGUUAGCGACAAAUAUGGCCGGAAAGGUUGUUUGAUGAUCAGCGGAGUGCUGCUCGUGAUAUCCGGCAUCCUGUUCACCUGGUGCCGUGCAGCCAAAUCCCUGGAGAUGCUGAUGACCGGUCGCUUCCUGGGCGGCAUUGCCUCAGCCCUGAUCUUCACCGCCCAACCCAUGUAUCUGCUGGAAUCGGCUCCCUCGGAGCUUAGCGGCAGCGUUGGAGUCUUCACUUGCAUAGGAGUGACUGGCGGAAUCCUGCUCGCCCAGGUGUUCACUUUAACCCACUUGCUGGGUAACGAACGGCUGUGGCCUUAUGCCCUCAGUAGCUACAGCUUGUUGGUGAUGGCUUCCCUGCUGCUCCUUUGGUGGUUUCCAGAGAGUCCUCGGUGGCUCUACUUGUGCAAAAGGGAUUUCGCCGCCAGUGAACGGGCUUUGUUGCGUUUGAGGGGAAAAAACUCCGAGGAGGAAGUGCAGCAGGAACUUCUUGAGAUGAAGGCCACUCUGGAGGCUAAAGCAAGCUCGGAGAAAAGUUCUAUAUGUUCGGUGCUGGGGGAUAGAGAACUCUGGCUGCCGCUCCUCCUGGUCUGCUCAUUUCAGGCCACCCAGCAACUUAGUGGGAUUAAUGCGAUCUUCUUUUACUCGCUCUCGAUUCUGACAAAAGCGGGUUUCUCGAAUGGAGCAGCUACUUGGUUGAAUUUGGGAAUCGGCGGAUUCAAUCUCUGCACUGCCCUGCUGGGACCCCUACUAAUUCGCAGGUUUCCGCGUCGCCCUCUGAUGCUUCUCUCCUGCUCCAUUUGUGCUCUUUCCUUACUGGCCAUGUCCUUGGGACUCUUCUUUCUGGAGAGAUCCGGGAGCACGAUUCUCACCUACUUUUGCGCCGCCUUUAUCCUCCUUUUUAUUCUGGGAUUCCAGCUGGGUCUGGGUCCUAUUGCCUACUUCAUUGGCUCUGAACUUCUGGAGGACUCUCCUCGUCCGUUGGCCAUGUCGAUGGGCAGCCUGUUUUCAUGGAUCGGCAACUUCCUCGUGGGCAUGUGCUUUCCCCUGCUCCAGAGUGUCUGGAGUUCGUUCGCCUUCAUCCCGUGCAUGUGCGUCUGCCUCUACUGCCUGCUGCUCACCUGGCGAUACCUUCCGGAGACUCGAGGUCGGGAGCCCAGGGAUGUCAAGCCGCUGAUGAGCCACUUCCUCGCCUCCAAGCGGAACUGAGGCCAAGUGUUGUAAUGUCCAUUCAAAAAAACAAAUCGAGCUGGUCUUUCGUAAAUAAUAUCCAAAGAAUCUAACCUAAACACUUUAUUUUUUUUAAUUUUUUAAAACCAUUGUUAUGUUCUAUUCGGUCCCAGUUUGGUUACACACUAUUUGAGAAAUAUUUGGCUUUGUCCCCUAAAACCA